CCUCGGGCGGCUGGCGACAAGGAUGGGAGUGCGGGGCAAGCGCGCGGCGCCCAGGGUAACGGCCACGGCAGAGUCUGCGGGGCGCGAAGCCAGCGCUCGGCGCUUUUAAAGCCCGGAUCGCGACGCGCUCUAGGCGCGGGCGGCGGCCGGAUGGAGAGGAAGGGCUUGGCGGCCCGAUCCUCGGGGAACCCUAGCCCGCCCGCGCUGGGUGAGGGACCGCGGCCCGUGCCGCCACCCUGCGUCCCGAGCGGCGGAGGAGCCCCGGAGCGGGGCCAGGCUGGAACGGCGGCCGAGCCCGCGGAGCUUAUCCGGCGCGCGCAGGAGUUCAAGAGCCAAGGGGCGCAGUGCUACAAGGACAAGAAAUUCCGCGAAGCCAUCGGCAAAUACCACCGGGCGUUGCUGGAGCUGAAGGGAUUGCUACCGUCACAAGAGGAACGGGACGCACGGCCAGCCUCCUCGGCAGGGGUUCCCAAAUCCAGCCGCCUCUCAGAGGAGCAGAGCAAGACGGUUGAAGCCAUUGAGAUCGACUGUUACAACAGCCUGGCAGCCUGCCUGCUCCAGGCCGAGCUGGUAAAUUAUGAGCGAGUUAAGGAGUAUUGCCUCAAGGUCCUGAAGAAGGAAGGAGAGAACUUCAAAGCUCUUUACAGGUCUGGUGUGGCCUUCUAUCAUCUUGGGGACUAUGACAAAGCUCUCUACUACCUAAAAGAAGCAAGGACCCGACAACCCACAGACACCAAUGUGAUUCGGUACAUCCAGCUGACGGAGAUGAAGCUCAGCAGAUGUUCCCAAAGGGAGAAAGAAGCCAUGUAACAAGGAAGCCUCUCUCAAACCACACUCGUACCUGACCAGGGACUUCCAGGCACUGGUGGUGGAGAGUCCCGACGUGGGCUCUCUCCCUCUCUUCCCGGUUCUUCCUGUACUUCGCCUGUUGCUCAUUCUGUUGCUCCCCAACUCUUGUCUGUAAGAAGGUGAGAGGCGGUCUUGGACCUUCGUGAGCAGCCCAGACGUGGACUUGUCCUUUUCUCUAGUAGGUCAGCAAAUGGGACAGCUAGGGAAGUCUUGUGGACCGGGGAUGGUUCUGUGGCUUUGACUUGGCCCAGUGUACGAGCCCACAGUCUGGACCCUUCUACUCCUUCCCAGUGGAUCAGAGCAUCUUGAGGCGACUGUGAUGAACGUAAGAAGCACCGGUCGAACUAAUGCUGAGGUUGUGAAUUUCCUUCUGCCCCCUCAGUCACCUGAGCUCCUGCCACACCCGCGGACUUGUCCAGGCUUGUACUUUGUUUUCUCCCACUGUGAGGUCAGGUCUUUGCCAGGAUUCACAUGCCUUUAAGGCCCACUCUCAGUGCCCUUUGGUGACCACACAUACCAUUCUCCCACCCCCAGCUAGCUGGCAGCUGUAACAGCAGAAGGGCAGGGUGAAAUGAGCCAAAGGUUGGGGGCAGAGCAGACUGAGUAGGUGACAGAGGAAGGAAAGAAAGAGCAUUGGGUGGACUGAGGGAUUAGGACUAAUUAAUGUAAAUAAAAACUAACUCACAGGCAUCCGUCCUGUCAUUUCCUGUGGAGACAGUCCACUCCCUUACUUCUGUUCCCUCCUUGUCCCUCAGGCAGAGUGGCCUACAGCUUCCGGUAAAGACAGUGAGGGGCACUUAGACCAAGACUGUAUGCAUCAGGUUGGCCACAGCCUCUGUGCUUUGUGGAGUGAGCUGGAAUUGUAGAAACUGCCCCAGGACUUGGCUUUGUCGGAAUUUGUACACCCCACCUCCCCUUUUGACAAAAUUAUCUGAACUCAAUAUCUAGUGCAUAAGGAAUUUUUGUCAAAUGGGUACAUUUCGACUGCAGACUGACUCUCCUGCCUUAAACCAAUCAGGUCCCCUCCUGGUCUCCUGACACAUACGCUUUUUAUGCUAUGCCACAUUGAAACAUGUCCCGAGGGCUCACUGGUUCCCCACCAUAGUGCAAUAUAGGACAAAGUCCCAGUCUUCAUGAAGAUAGGGAAGCUGGGAAAUCCAUCUGAGAUUAUUACCAAUGACACCGUUAAUAUAUAUGAUGCUUAAACCUUUUCAAAGCACUUUCAUGUAUUUUUCGUGUGACUUAGUGAGACACUAUUAUAUAAAAUUAAAAUAUAUACAAAUGCAAUAAUGUUAAUAGGAUUUAUUAAAUGCACUAUCUUCAGAUCAUUACACGGACAAUCUCAUUUCUUUCAUAUACUCUGUGGGAUCUUAUUCCCAGGUGAUGGAGAAGCCAGGAAAAUUAAUGUUCUUGAGGUCACAUGGCCUUACAGGAUAUGGCUAGGACUGAACCAGAUCCGACUGGUUCUAGAGCUCUGGCUACUGACUAUCUUAUGCUUAGCUGCCUCUCUGUUGAACAGUUACACUGUUUGAGAGCAGAACAAUUUCCAUAAAGUUGAAACAUGAUUCACACAUCAAUCCUCCCACCCCCUUAUAUUUACAUAGGCAAGACAGAAAGGGACCAGAAGCCAGAAUCCCUAGUGGCUUGAGCAGUGACCCCCAGGAAAAAGACAAUAGGCCUGGCAAUUACAUCUGUGUGCUGGUUGUUCUAUUUGCUGAUGGAUCAGAUCAACAUGAAUCUGAACAACCCACCUGGCCUUCCUCACUGAAUGGCCAACAGUGAGAAAGGAUCCCAAGUAUAGGCAGAGACUAAAGGGAAACACAAAGUUAAUUGUGUGUUAUUUCUUCAAGCUGUUGCUUUGCCAGUUGCAAGAUCCAGUCACUGCUGAAGGGCCCAGAUGCCAGCAGCCCAGCUCAUAUCCACACAGCUCCCCAAACACUCCCAGGAUAUGUGUGUGUGGGGGGGGGUGCUGCAGGAAGGUGCUAGAAAUAUCCAGAGUCCCACCGCGGCUCUGGAGAAGAAGAAAAGGAAAAAGCCAUCCCAGGACCACUUUCCUUGACUUUAGAACAUAUUCUGUCUUCUUCCUCCAAAAUGGCUUCUCCUAACCCCAACCCCAGACUCCUCUCAGUCCUGGCAUAUGCCUGCGCCCAUCCCCUCAGCCCUCAGUGCCAUCCCCAAGCUCAGAGGUCAUAAGCUGACAAACGGUUAAGAUCUGAAGGAUGAAAAUGAUGUCAGAGGUAGUAGUUUACAGAAUGAGUUUAAACUGACAGGCACCUCCUUUACGCUUCAAUGCAUUAGAAAUGGUUUUGGUACGAAUUUCCAGUGGAGGGGAGGGAGAGAACGCUUGCUUGGAUGAAUGUGUCGGGGGAAGGGCUAUAGUCAUAGGAAUAAAAACAUUGCCACCCCAAAGAGAAUGUUUGAAAAAGCACAAUAAGUGACUCAGAUACAGACACCCGUGGGAACUCCAUUCACUGUGACCCAGACUUAAAUGACCCCCCCACACACACCUCAAAAAGGAAACCGUCUGGGGUAUUAGUUAACACAAGGGGUGGCAGGGAUGAAUUUUCUGUUCAUUUGUCAGCAGAGUCUUCAGAGAGCUGUUUCUCUUUUUUCUUCCACGUCUCCCGAAAUCAAGGACUGUACUCUACCUGCAGACUUGGUGGGUGCCACCGUUAAACUGUGCAGACAAACACUCAGCAUGGGUCUGCCCUACACGGUCAUCUGCCUGGACUUAUGUGAAAGACCCCUUGGCACACAACUUAGACUUUGUGUUGAGUUAUAAAAGCCACACACAUGCGUUGUAGAUCACGUAAGGAAAGUUAAGGGUGACGCUCAGCUCGUCACACUAGCACCAAGAGGACACGGUCAGCCUUUCUGUACGUCUUUCGUUCUCCCUGGUAUAACUGUGUGCACACGUACUCUCACCGGCUUUUGGUUUUUUUGCUUUUUUGUUUGUUUUUGUUUUCUAAUGAAGAAAACUGGGUCGUCUGUAUAUAGUCUUUAAUGACUUACUUUUCAAAUGUGUAUUUAUAUUUUAGAAUAUGCAAUAUAUGCACAGAUCUAUAAAAUUCAAAUAGUAUACAAACUCUGUAGUUGAAAGUAACUCUUCCCUGUGUGCCCACAGCAAGGUACCCUCUGGUUUCUUGUGUAACCCCUUCAAGAGAUUCUCAUUUUUCAAAGAUAUGUAUAUAUAUUCUUUUAUCACUCACAAGUGGUAGCAUGUCAGAUGCUUCCCCCCCCCCAUUGCUUUAUGUAAUAUGUCAUGGGCAUUUCGGCGUGUCUCUUGGACUUUUCUUCAGCAUCUUCAUGGUAUGAGUGGAUCUUUAUUUUGUAACCCGUCCACAAACACAGAUGAGUUCACCUGUUUCCAGUCUUUACUGUAAAUAAUGUUGUAACUGACAUUCUUGUCACUAAAUUUUGCACAUGUCUGUGGCGAGUUCCUUAGGAUAUAAUCUGAGAAGGAAAUUGCGUGACUAUUUUUAAGGAUUUUGAUACAUGUUGCCAAUACCCUGUAGAGAGUUUAUACCCAGACACUGUUCUGUUUGCAGCCCCAGAGCACCCUGCUCUCUGGACUCUAAAAAGCACUAGGUUUUAUCACUUAUCAAAUCUUUGCCAAUUUGAUAGGCAAAUAACAGUACGUCAAUGGUAUUUCAACUUAUUGCUUUAACAUUCUUUGGUUAUCAGUGACUAACAUUUUCAUAUGUUUAUUGACCAUUUGAAUUUCUUUCUUUGUGAAUUUCCUAUUUGUUUGAUAUUGAUAUGUUUAUCUAUAUUUAUGUUUAUGAUCUAUUUGUAACUUUAAGAAUAUUAUUUUUGUCAAGAAAUGCAACAGAUACGCUUUCCAAGUGCUUUUGCUUUCGGAUUUCAUUUAUGGUGCUUUUUGACAUACAUAAACUCCUAAUUCUGCAACUAA